AUGAAGACUUUUACUCUGGCUGGCCUAUUGGCCGCUCCUCUCACAGCCAUGGCAGCACCCGCCUGGACCAUGUACGCUUACAACGAGAGCGUGCCUGAGAUUCAUGGCAAGCCCAUCAAUGCCGACAGUGGUUUCUUCUGGAUCAACAAGGAUGCUGCAGCCGUCUGCCCUGACUACGACCCUGAUUGUCCGGCUUCUAACACCACGAUCAUAUCAGGACCAGUCUACGGCAGUGGGUCAGCUGCGUCGAAUACAUACUGGUUCAUGGGCAUCCUUCAGCAAGGUGGCCAACAAGUGUCGCCUGCGGGUCUCGACGACUCGUUCGGUGGUAUAUCACUCAAGUACGCCGCUGUAGGUGCUGCAGAGAGAGGCAUCGGUGUCUGGGACGUGUCUCGCAACACAGGAACCAAAAUGAUUCUCGACAACACUACUGUCGGCACCUUAGGAGCUCCUACCAUCCGUACCAAAUAUGAGACUCGCAAGUACACAUGGAUGGCUUGCCCAGACCCUCUUCCUUUCCCAGAGCCCGACUCCUACACUGAUGUCAAUCUGAGCCAGCCACUCAAGCUCUACGACAUUACAGUUGGAGAUGGAGAUAGCUAUCCCUACUGCGUUCGUCUUGAGGUCACACUCAAGCAAACUACUCUGGCUGCACCUCAAUACUACUUCUGCGAUGGCUGCCAAUACCGAUGCGACGCUAUUUAUGGUGCUAGUGAGUGCCGUGCUGAGGGUGCCGCUUGUCUUGAGCCCUACUGUGGUCCUUACACCACAAAUACCAACUGA